UGUGCUUAGUUGUGUGAAGACCCGCAGUGUAAGAGUGCUAGCUCAUGUUCCAACUGAUUUACAAUUAUUAGUGGUUUUUAACCCUCUUUGUGUUACAUCCGGCAAAAUGGCGUCAAAGAGCCACACGUCGGAACCAAAAUAUGUUCAAAUUGAUGGUCUUGUGGUCCUGAAGAUCAUCAAGCACUGCCAGGAGGAGGGCACAGCGGGACAGGAGCUGGUGCAGGGUGUACUGCUGGGGUUGGAGGUAGACAACAGGCUAGAGAUCACUAAUUGUUUCCCCUUUCCACGACACAGUGAGGAGGAGGAUUUUGAUGAAGUCCAGUACCAGAUGGAGAUGAUGCGUAACCUUCGCAAGGUGAACAUUGACCACCUGCAUGUAGGGUGGUAUCAGAGCACGUACUUUGGGGGCUCCAUCAAUAGAAGUCUUCUAGACUCACAGUUCAACUACCAGCACUCUAUAGAUGAAUCGGUUGUCCUCAUCUACGAUCCACUGAAGACCACACAAGGGUUCCUGUCACUGAAAGCUUACCGUCUCACUCCUGAUAUGAUGAAGUACUACGGGGGCAGGGAUCCAGAUUUUUCACCUGAAGGACUCAAGGCUGCAGGAAUCAGUUUUGAGAACAUCUUCAAGGAGAUCCCCGUUCACAUCAAAAACUCUCACCUCGUGAACAGCCUCCUGUGUGAGAUAGAGGAGCCCGUAGAGGAACAGGAGUCCUUUGACUACCUAGAUCUCGGUACAAGCUCGAUGCUGGAGAAGAACCUGCGUCUGCUUAUGGAGAGUGUGGAUGAGGUUGCCAUGGACGCCAACAAGUUUGUCAACUUCCAGCGCCAGCUCCAGAAACAAAACAUGCUCAAACAGCAGCACAUACAAAAGAGGCAACAAGAAAACAUCCAGCGUGUUGCACGAGGGGAGAAGCCACUGCCGGAAGAGGACAUCAACAAGCUGUUUAAGCCCAUCCCUGUCCCUCCGAGGCUGGACAGCCUGCUGGUCACAGGACAGAUCGACAACUACUGUCAGCAGAUCGGGGAGUUUGCAGCCCAGAGCUUUGGCAAGCUGUUUGUUGCAGAGACGUUACAGGAGACCAAGGUGGAACCGGCCUCUUGAUAAACCAUCCUCACUUAGGACCCUUGUUACAGUGUGAACACAAACUGGAUUAUUUCAGUGCUAGAAGACGCUUUUGGAAAAUUAUGUCAACAACUUAUUUCUUCAAACAUUUUAAAAAUAAAUUUUCUGAGACCAUU